AUGGCAGAUUAUGAUAUCAUACCGUGCUACGAAGAUGAAGAUGUGUUUCACGCAAAAAACGAGGAUGUUAACAGUUUACACGCGUACUACAUGUCGCAGUUCAAUCUAGAACUGGAAGGUAACGGUAAAAGCAAGGGAAAACACGAUAACUUUAAGUACGGGACUGAAGAGAGUUUCGAUUUUGAAGCAUUAGAUGGCUGGGAUAACAAUGCGCCCGCAACUAAUGUCAGCGGAGCAGAUUUCGAAAUUAUCAAUGAAGUAAUAGACAGUAAUAUCAAUGAACAGAACAUUAAAGAGGUCCUCUUAGAUUUAGACAGUAUAGACUUUGAAGAUAAAAGCAACGGUAACUAUGAUAUCGCUGUUAGCGAAAACCAAAAUGGAUACGGUGCUAAUAAUGAUUAUAUUGAUGACGAAUCACUCAUUGACGAGCUUUGUAGAGAAGACAACGAGUCAUACGGUUUGUCACCGGAUUUCAAUGAAGAAUAUUUAGCUCCGAUUAACAAGGAGAAGAGUCAACUUCCUUCAAUAGAGACAUUUGCAAAACGCUAUUGUAACUACAACAUUGAGGAAAACAACUUGCAAGACUUCAAUUUGAACACAGACUUCUCUCAGGGAAGCUUCGCCGUUAACAAUAUUGAUCAUUACAGCUAUCCGAAUAAUAUAUUGUAUAAUUUAAACAAUGAAAACAAGUAUGUCCUACCGGACACGCCGACUAGUUGCAGUGAAUUCAAUUUUGAAAGAAAGAAUUCUGUUUCUGAAUCCAUUGCGAGUGACAUUCAAAGCUCGUGUUACUACGAUGAGAAUUCGGAAAAUUUCGACGAUGAAGACUUGUUCGUGAAUUUGGAUAGUUUCGGACUGACACUGGAAAGGGAAAAUGAAAACGUGGAAAAUAAAAAUCAUCAAAGCUCGAAGAAACUUGAAAAGGAUAAGUCGCCAGGUGAAAGGAUUUGCCUAUGGGAACAGUGUUACGAGAGAUAUUCAAAUCAAAACACACUAGUUGAACACAUCGAGAGAUCUCACGUCAACACUUAUAAAGGAGACGAGUUUAGUUGCUUAUGGCGCGAGUGUGCUCGGUCCAGGCGGCCCUUCAACGCCCGCUACAAGCUCCUCAUUCACAUGCGCGUUCACUCUGGACACAAGCCGAACAGAUGUCACCACCCGGGCUGCGGGAAGGCCUUCUCCCGUCUGGAGAACCUGAAGAUCCACGUGCGGUCGCACACGGGCGAGCGGCCCUACGCCUGCCCGGCGCCGCACUGCAGGAAGGCCUUCUCUAACUCCUCUGAUCGAGCGAAACAUCAGCGGACCCAUUUUAACGCUCGACCUUACGCCUGCGGCGCGGCUGGGUGCGGUAAGCGCUACACCGAUCCGUCAUCGUUGAGGAAGCACAUCAAAUCUCAUCCUCACAUCACCAACGUGCCGAGGACCUGCAUUCCGGCAUCGCGUCCCAUCAGGAGACACGACCGGGAGCAGCUGGUUCCGAGCUCCCCGGCGAAGCUGACGACGCUCAGAUGUAUCAGGGAUAAGUUGACGGUACCAAGGUUGCAGCGUCUGUAG